CGAGAAGCUCACACCAUUACAUAAAUAUCAUCAGAUCAACUCACACAGUAAGUCACGUACAGGAUAUUCAGAGCUAAACACCACUUUCUGAACCUCGAACCAAAAUGUCAGAUUUACAGCCAAUCACAAAGCUCAACGUCUCCACCAAUGUGGAUGAGGAGGAAAUCUUUGGAGCUCAAGGCUAUGAUCUCCUCAACGGUGACCUUAAUGAAGGCACCAUUCCGCAUAACCGUGUCUUUCUUUGGUACAAGAGAGAGUGUGGCUUAAAGCCAGUGACAAGGAUCCAGCUUUCCUUCAAUGACUACAUGAAAAAUGGUCUGGCAGAUGCUGGAUAUGAGCUGGUCAACAGGGAUCUGAACGCAGGAGUUCCUGGAGAUCACAUUUUCCUGUGGUACUUCUGUGGCAGCACUCAAUACGACAUUCCCAUUGUGAACUUACAGGUCACCAAGGAUGCAAAUGAAGAACCUGCUCUUCUGAGAGACGGCUGGGAAAGGCUGGGCUGUGACCUGAACCGUAACGCAGGAGGUUGCUUCAUCUACCUGUGGGUGAAGAGAGCAACGCCAAGCUACAUCUGUGAUAUUGCAGCAACUAUUGACUACACAUCUGACCAGCAACAUUUUACUGAUGGCUACACACGCAUCGAUGAAAAUGUCAAUAGGCGUGCUGGUGGAAACUUCAUUUUCCUCUGGUACCGCCGCUCUUCCGAUGAAAGCAAAGGUCUCUCGGCUCUUGAAGUAUCUAACACCUUCCAGGAGCAGGUGAACCUCCAGGAAAAAAAGUUUAAAAGGAUCACUUUUAAUCUCAAUAAAGGCACGCAGGGGAAAGAUGUCUACCUGUGGUACUCCAAAGAAGGAUGUGGAGAAAAGAUGCAAUCCAUGGCUGUUCUGAUCAACUCUAAGACCUGGAUGGUGUAUCAGAAAAAUGGCAUUUUUGUUCUGGAGAAAAAUUUGAACGAGGGCAACAAGGGAGUAAAAAUGUAUCUCGCUUACAAGUAAAAUCACAUAUUCCACAUUGCUGCCGUGCAAGAGCUGUGCCAAAAUUAUUUGUUUUAAAUGUUGCAGCAGAAUAAUCAGUUAAAUAAGAUAUUAUGAAGGAGUGAUCAUUAUUAGAUUCUUUAUCACAUUGUUUUAACAGAAAUGAAAGUAAUCAGGGAUUUAAAGAAAUGUAUUCUGAUGUACCUUUUUCUAGCACAGUUGUUAUAAUGCAUUAUAAAAUAAAGUCAAUCUUCAUCAAAAA